UGGUCAGAUCCCGUCUACUUAUUAGACAUUCUCUGCUAUGGUCGAUUUAUGUUUACCAUUCUAACGCGAUCUAGGAGAAUUUGGUUACUGAAGCGAAUAAGUUAUCCCUUUCAGUCUGAUGAAAACUACUAACUUUGCUGGGUAGCGUUAAUAAUGUCUAUAAACCAUGUCGGUUUUAGCUGGUGUUACCUGAAGUAAAGGUAGCAACUUCGCAGAAUGCCAGACAGUAGCUAGCUAUCCGAUAGCUAUGUAGCCUAUCUUCAGGUGUUGUGAACACGAUUGCUAAACUGAACAAGACCUGCGUCCUGCGACUCACUCCUGAUAACCUCUACUUUGUGCUCUCCGGGAAGGUGUCCAACGGCGGGGUUAGCAUGUGGUGCGAGUUAUUACAAGUGAACUUCUUUGAUGAAUAUCAGAUAGAGGGUGUAUCACCAGAUGCCAAUGAGAUAUGUCUGGAGUUGGCUCCAGAGAACAUAUCGAGAGCUCUGAAGACAGCCCAAAACGCCAAGUCCGUCAAAAUCAAACUAACCAAGAAACACUGCCCCUGUCUCACCCUUGCUGCAGACCUGCCCUCGUUGUCCAGUGUGAGUCGUGUUGUCACGCACGAUAUCCCAGUGGAUGUCAUACCCCGACGUAUGUGGCACGACUUCAAAGAACCCAGCAUGCCAGACUUUGACGUCAGCAUAUAUUUGCCUCCUCUCAAAAUAAUGAAGAAUGUUGUGGACAGGAUGAAGAACCUGUCCAACUAUUUGGUCAUUGAAGCAAACCUCAGUGGUGAGAUGAAUCUGAAGAUUGAGACUGACUUGGUGUCCGUGACGACGCACUUCAAAGACCUUGGGAACCCACCGUGGGGUGACGACGCAUCGCAGAGCCGGAGCCGUGACAUGGAGGCCAUGGCACACACUCGCGUGGACAUCAGGAAGCUGCAGCAGUUCCUCGCGGGCCAGCAGGUCAACCCCAGCAAAGCCAUGUGCAACAUCGUUCACAAGCGAAUUGUGCACUUGAUCUUGCUACACGAGGACGUAUCCCUGCAGUACUUCAUCCCUGCCGUGGCAUGAGUGGGCAUCUGGUGGGCUCUCCUCAUCCCUGCCGUGGCAUGAGCUGGCAUCUGGUGUGGUCUCUUUUGAAGUGUCCAGACCCUGGACGCUGCGUGUCCUGGAGAGGAGCCAUUUCAGAGUGGGCGCAAGAUGAUUAGAGUCUCGGCAGUGAUGUACUGCAUUCUCUGAUCUUUAAUGAGGCAGGAAGUUAGAUCUAUUGUUUACAAGCUUGCUGUUCUCAAGUGGAUGCUGCUGAUUUCUUUGCAUCAUUGCCAUUGUUCAAUUGCAUCAAGUGUGAUACUUGGGUGGAGUUCAAUACUACAGUGUAGAUAGCUUAUUGUAACUAUGUGAGUUUGAUGCUUUGAAUAACAAGUUGAUGCUAUAAGAUGCCCUGUUUAUAAAUAUGUAUUUAUUUCCUUUUCUAAAUAUUCCAAAAUAAGAUUGUUGUGCUUUCUAUAAAGAGUGUUUUGUUGACUUUCAAUUCUGAAUUAUCAAUAGCAAAAAAUAAAAUAAAAAAGUGGCAGCAAUGUA